UAGUUUUUUAAAUACCAUCAAAGUAAGCACUUUUCGUGUAGCUUUGGAGGUAAAUGAUAAAUUCAGUUAAAAUCAGCUAGAUAGAUACAUGAUUCAAGGACAUACUAAUAUAACCUGACGUUAAACUUCGCAUUAUGAGUAAAAACUAUUUACCUUUGGUUUUUCUAAUCGAAAUUAGGGAACUGUUGACAAUCGGGACCACGGGAGAAAAAUAUAUUGGUAGGUUCCACUUACCACUAUGGGGAGAAAUUCGUUCGGAAAUUUUUCGAGUGGUCGCGGUUCCAGGUGUACCAACAACCGAAGACAUGAAUCAAAAGAUUUCGUUCGAUCGCCAUCUUGCCAGCCAGUGAAGUCAAUUUGUAGCGGAGGUAAGACAAUGCUAAAGUCUGAAUGUGGUUGUUUCUUCUCUCGGACACAUGGAAAAAACGCGUAAACGUUAUGGAGCUACAUGGUGCUCCGCUCCAAAUUGUUCCAACAACAGUGAUCAACUGGAAAAACGAAGUUUUUUUAGAUUUCCUAAAGAUGAAUUGCUGUGUAGGAAGUGGGUGGUUGAAUGCAGGCGUUCAGACCUAGAAGAUAAGAGUGCAGCAUAUCUUUACAAGAACUGCAGAAUUUGCAGUGAUCAUUUUGAACAUGUAAUGUUCUUAAAUGAUUUGAAGAACAGACGACACAGUCAUGCAGUCCCUACUCUUUUCAAUGUACCUAAACCUCCUUGCAUUCAAUCUCUUAAGAAGCAAGGAGAAUAUAAUGAAAUCCAACCUGAAAUCCGCCGUCUCAUCCCUGGGCUCUCGACAGACAAUGCACGGACUGAGGAAUAUACCACACCAAAUCUUACAAUGGAGACUGAGGAUGUGUGCGUGAAGGAAGAGUCCAAGAUGCUGAAUCCUUUAGAAACAUCAUUUGAGGCUGUUGAGGUCAAGAUGGAGACUGACGGUGUGCAUGUGAAGGAAGAGCCAGUGAUGGCAGAUUCUUUUGAAACAGUGUUUGUCACUGUGAAGGAGGAGGUCGAGAGUGAAGACGAAGCAGAGGGAGAAGACGAAGAGAGGGCUGCUCCCUGCAGUGUUACAGUCGAGUCAGCACCAAGUAGCAUUGAGAUGGCUAAGGGGCAGACCCUUGGGUCUGCAGGCGGCCUGGCCUGUGAGCAACUGGCAGCACCAGCUACGUAUGCAGAGUGACAUUAUCUUUACAAGUAACAACUGGACUGUGUGUGACAAACAAAUACAUCAAAUUCUAAAACUAGAUAAUGAAAAUAAUUCUCAGCAUACAAACUAAUGGUUGAGAUUUAUGGUGAAAAUCUCAUGUGUGUGAAGUUACGUUAAUAUCAGUUGAUAAUGUGAUUGUCGUUCUGUAUAACUGAUUGAUUCGUCAUAUCAGUUCAGUUGGACUGACAGUAUUUAAUAUUCCUACGAAAGUGAAAAUUAACUAAUAAUCUUUAUAUACGUAGUUCUGCCAAGUGAACUAUUUUUGGAAUUAUUAUCAGGAUUGUCGAUGUUAGAACAGACUGUGUAAUGUUAAGUCAGUAUACUUACCCGACCGAGCAGCAAUCGGAAGUUUAGAAGAAUUUGGUUUUCAAGUCCAUAGUUUGAGACACUCAGUGAUAUCAUCAUUACCUACGAGAAUUGAAAAAAAACUAUACAAGUUUUACCCGGACUUCCGUUGCAAUAACAAGAAAUAAAGUUGUCAGUGAACUAAAUCUGGACUAUAGUUAUUUGAAUAGUGCUAAACUGUUCAAGAGCCGCGAUGUUAUUUCUCAAGACUAGAGAGCAUCUUUUCGUCGUAAGAAAACUGCAUUUUUUUCCGCAAGCUCCCAGAGAACUAAGGCACCAGCUGACCCUGCGUGAAGGGUUCACCUGUAGCAGUUCAACAACGAAGCUCAGGAAAUUUUUCAAGACUGUACGUGCGAUCUAAGUUGUCAAAGGUUUAACUAAAUAACUAAAACUUAAAGAAGACUCUCAGGCAUUGUCAAAAGUGUUCUGCAAGGGUGUGCAAACAUCACGGAAUGUAUUGGUAUGGACGAAGAAAAGACUGAUGAAAGAGAUCCAGAACUAUCAUGUUCCUUGAGUAAUAAUGAGCUAACACCACAGUCUAGUAGCUCCUUUCAGUCAGCUGAUUUUGAAACGUUCAUCUUGAGUCUGGAGAAGAAAGACAUUGAAGAAUACCAAUUAAUGAAUGACCCACGUGUUGUGUCUCUGGUUGCUAAUAAUAUUAAUGGUACACAAAAUGAUGAUAGACCAUUUCAAUGUUCAGUAUGUGCUGUAAAGUUAAGAAAUAAGUAUAUUCUUGUAAAUCAUAUGAAAAAACAUGCUGGUGAGAAGCCAUUCUCUUGUUCAUUGUGUUCUGCUAAAUUUGUUGAGAAGCAUCGUCUUUCUAAUCAUAUGAGAAAGCACACUGGGGAGAAGCGAUACUCAUGUGCAUUGUGCUUAUCAAAAUACUUUCAAAAGAGUAGUCUUGUAGCUCAUAUAAGAACACAUUCUGGUGAUAAGAUGUUUUCUUGUUCAUUAUGUUCUUCUAAAUUCACUGAAAGGCAUUUCCUUACUAGGCACUUGAAAACACACAGUGGUGACAAGCCAUUUUCAUGUGCAUUAUGUUCUUCUAAGUUCACUGCAAAGGGUAGUCUUGUAACACAUUUAAAGUUGCACAAUGGUGAAAAGCCAUUCUCAUGUUCAUUAUGUUCUUCCAAGUUCAUUACAAAAAGUAAGCUUAAUGUGCACAUAAGAAGAAAUACUGGUGAAAAGCUUUACUCCUGUUCUUUAUGUUCUUAUAAGUUCUUCAAAAAAGGUAAUCUUGACAUUCACAUGAGAAAGCAUACUGGUGAGAAACAAUAUUCAUGUUCUUUGUGUUCCCUUAAAUUCAGUCGAAAAUGUUACCUUCGUAAGCAUUUGGAAAGACACAAUGGUGAGAAGCUGUUUACAUGUUCAUUAUGUCCUGCUAAGUUCUUCAAAGAGAGUAAUAGUAUUGUUCAUAUGACAUUACACACUGAAAAAUAAAUGCCAAUUUCGUGUAACUUAUGUUUGGCUAAUUAUUCUGAGGAAUGCCACUUAUACAGUGACAUGACAUUACAUAUUGUCAUGUAAUCUGUAAUAUAGAAAGGGUUUUCAUUGACAACAGAGAUAUACUAAUAGAUAAAUUGGUAAUACCAGAGUGAUUAAUUUAACAAGGUUACAAGAUUUCUCGACUGUAUGUUCUUUAUUUGUUUCUCGAUUCUCACUAGAGCAGCUAUAUAAUUUUUUUCUGUCACUGCUAUAAGAUGGUAUUUAAUGGCAUGUAUUUAUUGUUAGACUUAGGUAUGUAUUUGUCAUUAAAUGGUGUGUUGGUGGAAUCAUAUUCAAGCACUGAUAUAGCUUGUUCCUAUUUUUGCUACUAAAGUACUUUUUCCCAGUUGAGGUUUACUAUCCACUUGUGUAAUGCUACAAGUAUAGUUCAUCCCUGAUAGUUAUUAAAUAUCUACUUAUAACUCUGAUCUGGCACAAAAUGAUUUCUCAUCUCUUUUGACUUAAUCUGUUUCUGGAUCUAAAACUUAAUUGGAAACAUGGAAACCAAUUGUAAUGUUCAUAGUAUGGCUGUGUUCUGGCUUCAUUCAUUCACACAGAUGUAUUCAAAUACUAGUGAGAAUGUGGAAAUAUAAUCAGUUCUAAGGUUCUUACACAAUGUAUCAUAAAUACUUUAUGUAUGAGUUUAAAAGCUUAUUUUGUUUUUCCUUUUACUGUAUUUAAUUGGCUUGGCCUAUAAAUAUGUAUCUGGGGUACAUACCUAGUUUUUGUUUUGUCACCUCGAGGGGUUUAGUUACAGUACCUAUAUUAAAAAUUAUGCUCACAUGUUUUUGAUAUGAUUUGUAGGUAUUCAAAACAUACAUAGCAAAAUGUGUAUUUCUUUUUAGAUUAUUAUAUUUAGUUUACAAAUUUAAUCUUGAACUAUCCUCAAUACAAAUAAAUCUUAAUUGUAAAGUGAUUCUAAAUACUAGUUAUUUUCUAGGAGACCAAAUGUACAAUUAUAUAAAUAUAAUGAACAAUUUUGUCGCUAACUGUAAUUAAUCAAAUUUUUACUAUUAAAUUAUUUACCAUUACUUUAAAUAUAAGUUUCAGAAAACAUUUCCUGUUUAAUCUUGUGUUUUACCUCUGUAAAAGAAAUGCUGUAAAACAUUUUAUUAUGCAUUUAUAACUGUGUUUAAUGUACUAAUUUAAGUCUUUAUUUUGAAAGGGUAGAUUAAAUGUUUUGCUGCAGUUCAGCUCUUCUUAAGCAUUGUCACGAAUUAGAUUUGUCGUCGUCCAGGCUAUUUCCCGGGAAGGGUGCAACUGCCCGGCUGCUCGAGGUAGAGGAGGGUUCAGGCCUCCGGGGGAAGCUAACCUGGUGCUCGUAAUCACAACGUCCAAGUUCAAUGGGCGACUGCUGGUUUUAUUGUCACACUGAUCCUGAUACAUGGGGCUGACCCCGACCCCGCCUGUGCACGUCUAAGGGGGAAGCCCGGCUCCGUGAGCUGUGCCACGCCGAUCUGUGCCGCACUGCAAAUCAAUGUGAUACUGGCUCUGACACGAAUAAUGACUAUCGUCCCUAUGGUCCAGCGACCCGACUGUGCCCUGUCCUAAGGCCUGAAAAGUCCCUCGGCCGUUCCCUGACACGAGGUCUACUGGCCACACGUCGUUCAGGAUAUACUCCAAGUCGCUGUGGGUUGCGAGACGUGUCUAUCGCAUCUGACUCGUGACUGUCUGUUAGGGCGCCCGCGCCAUGAGGGCUACUCGCAGUUCUCACAACAUAUAUAUAUACACACACACACACACACAAAAUUAUUUACGACAGCCUAGAUUUUAACACACUAUAUACACUCGCACGCUCAGAGGCAGUGUCUCUAUGAUACAUUUCCAGGAUGGUGCAGUUAAAUCUGACUAGUGGCUGAGAGCACAGAAAGUUGGUACCUCGCACACGAUACCUGUGACCGACCGUGCCCGUGACUCGCUCGCGACUGCCUCCUGUCCGCGCACGGCGCUACCCCUCCUGUCGCAUCUCCCCCUCCCCUCACCGUCUCCCACGGAGCUCGUGACGUGUCGCAGGCGGGGCGGGACCUAAGCCGCCCAGUGCACAAUCAGAACGUAAAGACCCUUCAAAUAAAAGUAAAACAAUAUAUACAAAUUCAGUCUCUUCUGUGAUACAUAAAUUGUCUGCUGAAAAAAAAAAACACAUCCCCCUCGUCUCCGGGAAGUACUGUACUGUCGUACUUGUUGGUACCACUGCGCCUAACUGGACCUUACCCCCCCCCCCCCCCCCCCUAGGUAAGUGCUAGGUAAGCACUUGGUUUGACGUCAGAUUAACCAGUUUGACUUUUUUUAAAGUAGUAUUACUUGUAUCUAAAAAGUUUGCGUCCAAGGUUUUGCUUUUUGUCAUCUUUCCAAAAAUGAAACAUAAAAUGU